AUGGCGAAGGCUCGUACCUCGGGAUCUGAAGUUUGGAAAACCAGAGGAAAGCGAUCGUGGAUUCGAUUAAUUACACGGGUCGAAAACUUGAAAGCGAUCCUCUAUUCCAGUGGUAUCGCCUUGCCGGUUGAGGAGCAUAAAGAAAUACCAGCCGAAGAAGGCGGGGGUAUCCACGGGUUCUGUCUUUGCGGAUUGGGAAUUAGGAGCUCGAAGAGCAGGCAAGGGACUUCGGGCGUAAGCAUUCAGCCGCAGCGUCUCGAUCUCCUGACCCACCAAGAUCUAAAAGUCCCCUCGAUUCAGGUUGAGAGCAAUGCGAUCAAGCAGUCGAGCGAAGGAAUGAAUUGA